AUGUGCACGGGAGGCUGUGCCAAGUGCCUGGGAAUUACUCUCAUCCCCCUGGCUGGGCUCUGCGCACUUGCUAACAUUUUGUUGUUUUUCCCUGGAGGAACAGUGGUUAAAGAAACUGAACACAUUACAGAUGAAGUUUGGUACUUUGGAGGGAUCUUGGGAUCGGGUGUAUUGAUGAUCUUCCCUGCCUUGGUAUUUUCGGGCCUUCAGAAUAAUGAUUGCUGUGGAUGCUGUGGUAAUCAUAGCUGCGGAAAGAGGUUUGCGAUGUUUUCUUCUAUAAUAUUUGCUGCUGUUGGAGUUGUGGGAGCUGGAUACUGCUUUAUUUUGUCAGCAGUAGCCUUACACAAAGGCCCCAAAUGUGACAUUAAUGGAAACUGGACCUACCCCUUCACGGAUGGGAAUUACCUUGGUGACCAUGCAGUGUGGGACGACUGUAAAUCACCUGAAAACCUUGUCCCAUGGCACCUGACCCUCUUCUCCCUGCUGCUGGUGAUGAGUGGGAUCCAGGCAGUGCUCUGUGCCAUCCAGGCACUGAAUGGCCUCUUUGGAACCAUCUGUGGGGACUGCAAGUGCUGCGGCUGCUGCGGGGGAAAUGGAUCUGUCUAA